AAAAAGGAAAAGGAAAAGAGAAAUAGAAAAGUGGGAAACCUAGCCUUCAUAAUCUUCUUCUUCCCCUUGCAUAGGCCGGCCACCCCCUUUCUGUUCAUUCUUCUUGGCCGGCGAGCCUCAGACGGCAAAGACCCCUAUGAAUUCACGUUGACACGAGCAGACACCCUCACGUUCAAGGUGUUACUCACGAACCCACUUCUCUCCGUCACUUCUGGCGAGCCGUGUUGGUGAAACCCACAAGUCAUUUCUGCAAUGGUAACGCGAUUCUCGAUAAAGCUCCAUGGGUUUUAUGGUCGUUGUGUAGCCAAGCCGAUGUGACACCCAUGAGACAGGAACCCACUUUGUACACCUUCCAAUCAAUGUCUCUCCGUCUCGACAGGUUUCAGUAUUGACCCACACUUCGAUUGACUUCAAAUUGGUGUACUCAUAUUGUUUAAGGUUCAGAUCUGCCAAGUUCCACGUUUUUGGAUACCCGCCAGCAAGGUUUAGAGCCUCUUCGAUAAGAUUCGGUUUUCUAAAGGAUGUUCGUUCAAGGAAGCCAAUUUUUUAAUUGAGAAUUAUCGUAUUGUUGAUCGAGAUGAAGGAUCAUGUGAAAGUUUUGAAGAAAGUGAAGUUUGGCAUUCAGGCAUAGGUCAUCAAAGGAUGUUUAUGUUAGGAUUUGAUAGUUUGACUCAGGACGUCUUUGUAAUAAGUUGCUUCUGCUGAUUUGUAUUAAUUAAAUAGUUCUCAGAUGCUCAUGAAGGAAUGAUUCUGACAAAGCAAUACCGGUGUGUGCAUUCAGCAAGCUGCCAGUGCACCAAGGGGCACCUCAGUGAGGAUGCAAUAUUCCUAGUAUUCCAGCAUUUGAACUGGAAUCCGAAGUUGAUUGCUACUCUCUCCUGUGCAUGCAAAUGGUUUGACGAUCUUGCCAAGCGAGUGCUAUGGAAGGAGUUUUGCAGGACCCGAGCCCCAAAAAUGAUGCUGGAUCUGCAGUCUAGCGGGAGUCACAGUGUGGAUGGUAACUGGAGAGCUCUUGGAAAACUGCUUAUUUAUUGCUCAGGAUGUAAGAAGGGUGGUCUGUUCAAUAACAUUCAAAUUCCUGGUCAUUUUGUUUAUAGAACCCGAUUUUCUAGGACAUCGGGCAAGAGUUUUCUUAUGCCACAAUGCAGAACAGAUAUUUUAUAUGUAUCUGAUCCUUGUGAACAUCUCGAUCAAGGGGAAGAGGGGGAUAUUGGUUUCUUCAGGGGUAUUUUUAAGUCAUUUUCAAUGUCAAAGGUUAGGAAAAUGCUGAUAAAGAGAGGAGCAGAGCUUCAUCCAACGGAGGUGUGCCCUUAUUGUAAAGCCAAGCUAUGGAGCAUGCUACAAGCUAAAAUGAUCCCACAAAGUGCUAGCUGUAGAUUGGGUGCUUAUGAGGAUUGUAUUGACUACUAUGUCUGCCUGAAUGGACAUAUGCUUGGUAUUUGCACUCUGUUACCUUUGUCAGAUUCUGAGGAGACAUCUGAGUUGGAGUGAUAACUAUGAUCUACAACCUUACAGCUCAGAAAAAGGUUGAUAAAAACGCCUGGAAAAUCACUAUUUGAUCUCACGUAGAUUGAAUGAACUUUGCUUCAAGUGCGUUCAACUUCUGUUUCAUGGAAUCAAAGAAAGCAAUCCCACCUCGUUUUCAUCUGCAUUCUGCAGCCUUAGCAUUCUGGAUAAAUUUUUUGUGGGUGAAGUCUUAGGACAAGAUUUUUGUCAAAAGGGAAAGAAAACAAAAACAUCCUUUUUACCUGAAAAGGUUGUGUGUGAACCAUGUAAUUUUCAUGUAAAUUAACCCCUGAUUCUAUACUUGGUAUUGUUGGAAUGAUUAUGUACCCGUCUUAUAAGGCUAUGGAUUGCUUCAUAUUUUCUUUAACUCUUAGAGAUCUUCUUUUGAAAUGGAUACCUCUAAGCUAAAGCUUCUGUACCCUUAUUGAUUGUCCAGGGAAUAGAAAGGCAUCAAUCUCCCCCUUGUUUGAAUUGCAUGGCUUGCCAAGCACCAUAUGUUGUCGGCUUUUAGGGAUUGGACCAGUUCAAAUAAAAUGACUAUUGAUUACGGAGGUGUGCCCUUAUUUGAAUUUCCUUCUCCAAUAUCUUUAUCCUUAUAUAUUUCCUUUUUCUUUUCCUA